AUGAGGCGCCUGAUAAAGGCUGCCCCCCCCCCCCCGGUGCUGGUGCUGCUGCGUGCAUUGGCUCGGGCGCUGGCAGAGGUGCCGUGGCUGCGCUGGCUGGUGUCGGGCGGGCGGGAGCGGGGCCCGCGGCGGCGGCGGGCCCGGCUCAGCAGCCUCCGUGCCGCAGGCUCCGCGGAGCUGCGUCUGGUGGGCGGCGGCGGGCGCUGUGCCGGGCGCGUGGAGGUGAAGCACGACGGUGAGUGGGGCUCCGUGUGCGCCUUCGACUUCGACUGGGAGGCUCGCUGGGCCGUGGUGGUGUGCCGGCAGCUGGGCUGCGGCCGGGUGGCCAGGGCGUCCCUGCACGCCCCGUUCGGGCCGGGCAGCGGGCGGAUCUGGCUGCAGCCCUUCUUCUGCCGCGGCACCGAGGAUGCGCUGGAGCAGUGUCCUAACAUCGGAUGGGGACGGCAUUUCUGCGGCCACGAGUGGGAUGUGGGGGUGACCUGCACAGAUGCCGUGGAGCUGAGGCUGGCGGGCGGCAGCAGUCCCUGUGCCGGGAGGGUGGAGGUGAAGCUGCAGGGACACUGGGGCACGGUGGGAGAUGACAGCUGGGACAUGGCGGACGCCGAGGUGGUUUGCCAGCAGCUGGGCUGUGGCUCGGCUUCUAUUGCCUACUACACCCACGAGCGCUUUGGCGUCGGGGACGGGCUCGUCAGCCUGGCCCUGGUGAACUGCAGUGGGGCCGAGGCCACGCUCUGGAACUGCGAGAUCCGCGGCUGGGGACCCUAUAACAGCAGCAUCCAUGGCUUGAACGCCGCCGUUGUCUGCCAAGGCUUUUCCCGGCUGGUUGGUGGCGAUGGAGCCUGUGCCGGGCGGCUGGAGGUGCGUCAGGGCCGGGCCUGGGUCGGUGUCUGUGAGGAUGAGGUGGACAUGAAGGCGGCCCAGGUGGUGUGCAGGGAGCUGGGCUGUGGUGAGGUGAUCGCCAUCGCCGGCAGUGGGCGUUUUGGGGCAGUGUCGGGAUCGCUCUGGGUCGGGGGCUUCCGGUGCAAUGGCACCGAGCCCCUCCUGAGUGCCUGUGCCCGGCGUCCGGCCCAGAGGCAGGAGUGCAGCGGCCCUGCCAGCGUCAUCUGCUCCUCCUACACGGGCUUCCGGCUGGGCAACGGCAGCUCGGGAUGCGCCGGGCGAGUGGAGGUGGCAGUGAGGGGGACGUGGGGCUCCGUGUGCGCCAGCGAGUGGGACCUGCCCGAUGCGCACGUCCUGUGCCGGCACCUGGGCUGCGGCCGCGCCUUCAGCGUGCCCCCGGGAGGCUCCUUCGGCAGCGGGGAGGGGCCGCUGCUGCCGGACGCCUUCGGCUGCAGCGGGAGCGAGCGGCACCCGGGCCAGUGCCCCGUGGCCGUGCUGGGGAAGCCGCCCUGUGCCCCCGGAAACGCCGCCGCCGUCAACUGCUCAGGCGCUGUUGAGUCCCUGCGGCUUGUGAAAGGUGAGACCCGCUGCGAGGGGUUUCUGGAAUAUAACACAAGCACCGGGGCCUGGCACCGUGUGCCAGGAGAGGUUUCGCUCCUACGGAAUUUGAGCAACGUGUGUUGGAAGCUGGGCUGUGGAGAACUGGAGAAGAGUCAUGGUGUCCCUGGGGAGGUCUAUCUGUGGCAAGACAACAAGAAUUGGGGCAUCUUGAAAACGGUGAUCAAAGACAUUGUGGAGAUGACCACUGAUCUGGCCAGUAGGACCAUAAGUGAGGAUCAUUUUAGGGACGAUUACGGGUUGAUGACCACUGGACCAGCUGACAUCCCUCAUGGGACCUACCUUGUCUGCUCAAGCAGCCUGCAGGUGAGGCUGGUGGGGAGCUCUGGGCGCUGUGCCGGGCGUGUGGAGGUCUAUUCCGGUGGCAGCUGGAGCUGGGUGUGCCAGGAAGGCUGGGGGCUGCAGGCCGCGGCCGUUGUGUGCCGGGAGCUGGGCUGUGGCACGGCUCUGCAGGCCCCGGGCUGGGCGCGCUUGGGUGCCGGCGCGGGGCCGCUGUGGCCGUACAGCCCCGACUGCUCCGGCUCCGAGGAGUCUCUGUGGGAAUGUGGGCGCACGGAACGGCGCGAGUGCGGGCGUGGCGGCGGGGCAGGGGCCGUCUGCUCAGAGCAGCUCUCCGUGCGGCUGGCAGGGGGCCCUGGGCGCUGCCGGGGCUUCCUGGAGAUCUCCUACAACGGCACCUGGGGCCGCGUGUGCGCCAACGGCACCAGCCCCAGCACUGCCAGCACCGUCUGCCGCCAGCUGGGCUGUGGGCAGCGGGGCUGGCUCACAGCUGUCACCGCCCAGGAGCCGACCGAGGCCUGGCUGGCUUGGGUGGGCUGUGGGGAAGGGGCCCGCUCGCUCUGGCAGUGCCCCUCGGCAGCCUGGCACCUGCAGAGCUGCAGGCCAGGCGGGGAUGCCUAUGUGGAGUGUGAGGAGGACAGUGAUGGCACCACUGAGGGACACACGACCCCAUAUCCGGAGGGUGCCAGCAGCACAGGUGUCCCCAGAAGAAGGCCCCCGGCAGUGGCUGUGGGGUCUGUGCCUGUGCCCACUGUGCUGUGUGUGGUGCUGGGGACGCUGCUGUGCCUGUGCCUGGGUGCCCUGGCCCUGCUGCUGUGCCGUGCCCGUGCCCGGCGCCGAGGCCCUGGCAGAGCUGCAGAUGCCAUCUCCAAUGCUGUCUACGAGGAGCUGGAUUACAAAGCCAUGCCCGAGUACCAGGAGGUGCCCACUCCGCCAGGUUCCCUGUUGGAGGGAUGGGUGAAGAAGCUGCCGUAUUACACAGGGGACAGCGUGGAGGGGAGUGACACCGAGGCAGCCCCAGAUCCCCCUGCCUGGCGCGAGCAAGGACCCCCGGAUGGCUACGACGAUGUCCUGGCUGUGCCCCAGGAGCCCCCGGCUGCCAGCACUGGGGACAUCUCCGAGGGAGUGGCAGGGCAGAGGUGGAGCUGUGUGCUCCCCACAGGUCCCGCAGGAGCCAGCAGGGAUCCCUCGGAACAGCCCCCUGGACACAUGGACUAUGAUGAUGUCGGCAGCAGCGCCCUGGGGACAUUGAUGGGAGGUCUCCUGAAGGAGGGCAGCGCCUUCGUGCCCCCCGGCAGCAGCCCGCGGUGGCAGGGCAGCCGGGCCAUGGCCCUGGCCUGCGGCACGUCGUGCUCCAGGAGGUUCCCGAUGUUCAGGCCGGGCUGCAGGGCCCGGAGGGCGUCCAGUUCCUUCCUGCAGCAGGGCCUGGCUGAAUCCGUCCGUGCUCAGCCUGGGCGUGGAGGAGGCAGGAGCAGAGGUGUUGGAGCUUGUGGGGAGGGAGGUGCUGAAGGGGCCGCGGUGCCGGUGCGGCCCUGCCUGUCCCGCAGCCUCCGCUGCCCGGCUCGGGCAUGCCGGACAUGGAAGGGGCCGGGGCAGGGCCCUGACUCACCCCAGGCUCCUCAGCGGGCAGGCGGGAUGCCGGAGCUGCUGGCAGAGCUGCAGGACGCCCUGGGCUCGCAGCUCGUUGUCACUCAGGUCCAGGCAGGAUGUGGGCUGGAGCCCGUCCUCGCCAUCAGGGUGGCUCUCGGCAGGCUCCAGCAGCAGCGUUGGAGCCGCGGGGGAUGCAGGAGGGGCCCCCGCAGGGCAGGUGCUGUGGGGGGGCUGUCUCCCCCCGGGGACAUCCGGGUGGCAGCCCACUGUGGCGAGAGGUGCCGUGGCUGCGCUGGCUGGGUGCCGGUGGCCAUGGGGCCGCUGCUGGCUCUGGGGCUGCUCGUGUGCGUGCGGCUGUGCGGGGGUGAGUGUCGGGCGGGCGGGAGCGGGGCCCGCGGCGGCGGCGGGCGGCGGGCCCGGCUCAGCAGCCUCCGUGCCGCAGGCUCCGGGGAGCUGCGUCUGGUGGGCGGCGGCGGGCGCUGUGCCGGGCGCGUGGAGGUGAAGCACGACGGUGAGUGGGGCUCCGUGUGCGCCUUCGACUUCGACUGGGAGGCUCGCUGGGCCGUGGUGGUGUGCCGGCAGCUGGGCUGCGGCCGGGUGGCCAGGGCGUCCCUGCACGCCCCGUUCGGGCCGGGCAGCGGGCGGAUCUGGCUGCAGCCCUUCUUCUGCCGCGGCACCGAGGAUGCGCUGGAGCAGUGUUCGCACUUGGGAUGGGGACGGCAUUUCUGCGGCCACGAGUGGGAUGUGGGGGUGACCUGCACAGAUGCCGUGGAGCUGAGGCUGGCGGGCGGCGGCAGUCCCUGUGCCGGGAGGGUGGAGGUGAAGCUGCAGGGACACUGGGGCACGGUGGGAGACCACAGCUGGGACAUGGAGGACGCCGAGGUGGUUUGCCAGCAGCUGGGCUGUGGCUCGGCUUCUAUUGCCUACUACACCCACGAGCGCUUUGGCGUCGGGGACGGGCUCAUCAGCCUGGCCCUGGUGAACUGCAGUGGGGACGAGGCCACGCUCUGGAACUGCGAGAUCCGCGGCUGGGGACCCUAUAACAGCAGCAUCAAUGUCUCGGACGUUGGCGUUGUCUGCCAAGGCUUUUCCCGGCUGGUUGGUGGCGAUGGAGCCUGUGCCGGGCGGCUGGAAGUGCGUCAGGGCCGGGCCUGGGUCGGUGUCUGCGAGGAUGAGGUGGACAUGAAGGCGGCCCAGGUGGUGUGCAGGGAGCUGGGCUGCGGUGAGGUGAUCGCCAUCGCCGGCAGUGGGCGUUUUGGGGCAGUGUCGGGAUCGCUCUGGGUCGGGGGCUUCCGGUGCAAUGGCACCGAGCCCCUCCUGAGUGCCUGUGCCCGGCGUCCGGCCCAGAGGCAGGAGUGCAGCGGCCCUGCCAGCGUCAUCUGCUCCUCCUACACGGGCUUCCGGCUGGGCGACGGCAGCUCGGGAUGCGCCGGGCGAGUGGAGGUGGCAGUGAGGGGGACGUGGGGCUCCGUGUGCGCCAGCGAGUGGGACCUGCCCGAUGCGCACGUCCUGUGCCGGCACCUGGGCUGCGGCCGCGCCUUCAGCGUGCCCCCGGGAGGCUCCUUCGGCAGCGGGGAGGGGCCGCUGCUGCCGGACGCCUUCGGCUGCAGCGGGAGCGAGCGGCACCCGGGCCAGUGCCCCGUGGCCGUGCUGGGGAAGCCGCCCUGUGCCCCCGGAAACGCCGCCGCCGUCAACUGCUCAGGCGCUGUUGAGUCCCUGCGGCUUGUGAAAGGUGAGACCCGCUGCGAGGGGUUUCUGGAGUAUAACACAAGCACCGGGGCCUGGCACCGUGUGCCAGGAGAGGUUUCACUCCUACGGAAUUUGAGCAACGUGUGUUGGAAGCUGGACUGUGGGGAACUGGAGAAGAGUCACGGUGUCCCUGGGGAGGUCUAUCUGUUGCGAGACAACAAGUGGGGCAUCUUGAAAACCGUGAUCAAAGCCAUUGUGGAGAUGACCACUGAUCUGGCCAGUAGGACCAUAAGUGAGAAUUAUUUUUUGAACGAUUACCGGUUGAUGACCACUGGACCAGCUGACAUCCCUCAUGGGACCUACCUUGUCUGCUCAGGCAGCCUGCAGGUGAGGCUGGUGGGGAGCUCUGGGCGCUGUGCCGGGCGUGUGGAGGUCUAUUCCGGUGGCAGCUGGAGCUGGGUGUGCCAGGAAGGCUGGGGGCUGCAGGCCGCGGACGUUGUGUGCCGGGAGCUGGGCUGUGGCACGGCUCUGCAGGCCCCGGGCUGGGCGCGCUUGGGUGCCGGCGCGGGGCCGCUGUGGCCGUACAGCCCCGACUGCUCCGGCUCCGAGGAGUCUCUGUGGGAAUGCGGGCGCACGGAACGGCGCGAGUGCGGGCGCGGCGGCGGGGCAGGGGCCGUCUGCUCAGAGCAGCUCUCCGUGCGGCUGGCAGGGGGCCCUGGGCGCUGCCGGGGCUUCCUGGAGAUGUUCCAGAACAGCACCUGGGGCCGCGUGUGCGCCAACGGCACCAGCAACGGCACCGCCGCCGCCGUCUGCCGCCUGCUGGGCUGUGGGGAACUGGGCGAGCUCUCAGCUGUCAGCGCCCAGGAGUCGACCGAGGCCUGGCUGGCCUGGGUGGGCUGUGAGGACGGGGCCCGCUCGCUCUGGCAGUGCCCCUCGGCAGCCUGGCACCUGCAGAGCUGUGGCACCAACGAGCAUGCCUAUGUGGACUGUGAGGAGGACAGUGGUGGGACCACUGAGGGACACACGACCCCAUAUCCGGAGGGUGCCAGCAGCACAGGUGUCCCCAGAAGAAGGCCCCCGGCAGUGGCUGUGGGGUCUGUGCCUGUGCCCACUGUGCUGUGCGUGGUGCUGGGGACGCUGCUGUGCCUGUCCCUGGGUGCCCUGGCCCUGCUGCUGUGCCGUGCCCGUGCCCGGCGCCGAGGCCCUGGCAGAGCUGCAGAUGCCAUCUCCAACGCUGUCUACGAGGAGCUGGAUUACAAAGCCAUGCCUGAGUACCAGGAGGUGCCCACUCCGCCAGGUUCCCUGUUGGAGGGAUGGGUGAAGAAGCUGCCGUAUUACACAGGGGACAGCGUGGAGGGGAGUGACACCGAGGCAGCCCCAGAUCCCCCUGCCUGGCGCGAGCAAGGACCCCCGGAUGGCUACGACGAUGUCCUGGCUGUGCCCCAGGAGCCCCCGGCUGCCAGCACUGGGGACAUCUCCGAGGGAGUGGCAAGGCAGGGGUGGAGCUGUGUGCUCCCCACAGGUCCCACAGGAGCCAGCAGGGAUCCCUCGGAACAGCCCCCUGGACACAUGGACUAUGAUGAUGUCGGCAGCAGCGCCCUGGGGACGAUGGGAGGUCUCCUGAAGGAGGGCAGCGCCUUCGUGCCCCCCGGCAGCAGCCCGCGGUGGCAGGGCAGCCGGGCCAUGGCCCUGGCCUGCGGCACGUCGUGCUCCAGGAGGUUCCCGAUGUUCAGGCCGGGCUGCAGGGCCCGGAGGGCGUCCAGUUCCUUCCUGCAGCAGGGCCUGGCUGAAUCCGUCCGUGCUCAGCCUGGGCGUGGAGGAGGCAGGAGCAGAGGUGUUGGAGCUUGUGGGGAGGGAGGUGCUGAAGGGGCCGCGGUGCCGGUGCGGCCCUGCCUGUCCCGCAGCCUCCGCUGCCCGGCUCGGGCAUGCCGGACAUGGAAGGGGCCGGGGCAGGGCCCUGACUCACCCCAGGCUCCUCAGCGGGCAGGCGGGAUGCCGGAGCUGCUGGCAGAGCUGCAGGACGCCCUGGGCUCGCAGCUCGUUGUCACUCAGGUCCAGGCAGUGUCGGGCGGGCGGGAGCGGGGCCCGCGGCGGCGGCGGGCCCGGCUCAGCAGCCUCCGUGCCGCAGGCUCCGGGGAGCUGCGUCUGGUGGGCGGCGGCGGGCGCUGUGCCGGGCGCGUGGAGGUGAAGCACGACGGUGAGUGGGGCUCCGUGUGCGCCUUCGACUUCUACUGGGAGGCUCUGGGAGCGCCACUGGCCGUGGUGGUGUGCCGGCAGCUGGGCUGCGGCCGGGUGGCCAGGGUGUCCCUGCACGCCCCGUUCGGGCCGGGCAGCGGGCGGAUCUGGCUGCAGCCCUUCUUCUGCCGUGGCACCGAGGAUGCGCUUGAGCAGUGUUGGCACUUGGGAUGGGGACGGCAUUUCUGCGGCCACGAGUGGGAUGUGGGAGUGACCUGCACAGAUGCCGUGGAGCUGAGGCUGGCGGGCGGCGGCAGUCCCUGUGCCGGGAGGGUGGAGGUGAAGCUGCAGGGACACUGGGGCUCGGUGGCAGACGACAAGUGGGACAUGGAGGACGCCAAGGUGGUUUGCCAGCAGCUGGGCUGUGGUUCGGCUUCCGGUGCCUUCUUCGCCCUUGAUCGCUUUGGUGUAGGCGUUGGGCCCAUCAGCCUGGCUGCAGUGGACUGCAGGGGGGACGAGGCCAUGCUCUGGGACUGCAAGAUCCGUGGCUGGGGGCCCUAUAACAUUACCAUCCAUGAUUCAGACACUGCCGUUGUCUGCCAAGGCUUUUCCCGGCUGGUUGGUGGCGAUGGAGCCUGUGCCGGGCGGCUGGAGGUGCGUCAGGGCCAGGCCUGGGUCGGUGUCUGUGAGGAUGAGGUGGACAUGAAGGCGGCCCAGGUGGUGUGCAGGGAGCUGGGCUGUGGUGAGGUGAACGCCAUCGCCGGCAGUGGCCGUUUUAGGGCAGUGUCGGGAUCGCUCUGGGUCGGGGGCUUCCGGUGCAAUGGCACCGAGCCCCUCCUGAGUGCCUGUGCCCGGCGUCCGGCCCAGAGGCAGGAGUGCAGCGGCCCUGCCAGCGUCAUCUGCUCCUCCUACACGGGCUUCCGGCUGGGCGACGGCAGCUCGGGAUGCGCCGGGCGAGUGGAGGUGGCAGUGAGGGGGACGUGGGGCUCCGUGUGCGCCAGCGAGUGGGACCUGCCCGAUGCGCACGUCCUGUGCCGGCACCUGGGCUGCGGCCGCGCCUUCAGCGUGCCCCCGGGAGGCUCCUUCGGCAGCGGGGAGGGGCCGCUGCUGCCGGACGCCUUCGGCUGCAGCGGGAGCGAGCGGCACCCGGGCCAGUGCCCCGUGGCCGUGCUGGGGAAGCCGCCCUGUGCCCCCAGAAACGCCGCCGCCGUCAACUGCAGUGGCUUUGUCACGUCCCUGAGGCUGGUGGAUGGUCAGAGCUUGUGUGAUGGGCGCCUGGAGGAGACCAUAACCAGCCCAGCCUGGCGCCGUGUGCCUCUGGAGCAGUGGAACCAAUGGGAUGCGUACAUGGUAUGUGCGGUGCUGGGCUGCGGCCUUCCCAAGGACGUUUACGCUGCCUUGGGUACGGCUCCGGCAUUGAGCAGCAGCCCCAGUGAGGAGGACAUCAUGAGUGAAGAGAUGGGCAGCAGUUUGGGCAUGGGCUCUGCACUGAGCAGCAGCCCUGAGGAGAUGGAUGACCAGCUGGAGGAGAUGGGCAAUGUGUCAGGGAUGGGCCCUGCAGCAAACAGCAGCCUUGAGGAGAUGGUCAUUGUCUGCUCAGGCAGCCUGCGGGUGAGGCUGGUGGGGAGCUCUGGGCGCUGUGCCGGGCGUGUGGAGGUCUAUUCCGGUGGCAGCUGGAGCUGGGUGUGCCAGGAAGGCUGGGGGCUGCAGGCCGCGGCCGUUGUGUGCCGGGAGCUGGGCUGUGGCACGGCUCUGCAGGCCCCGGGCUGGGCGCGCUUGGGUGCCGGCGCGGGGCCGCUGUGGCCGUACAGCCCCGACUGCUCCGGCUCCGAGGAGUCUCUGUGGGAAUGCGGGCGCACGGAACGGCGCGAGUGCGGGCGUGGCGGCGGGGCAGGGGCUGUCUGCUCAGAGCAGCUCUCCGUGCGGCUGGCAGGGGGCCCUGGGCGCUGCCGGGGCUUCCUGGAGAUCUCCUACAACGGCACCUGGGGCUGCGUGUGCGCCAACGGCACCAGCCCCAGCACUGCCAGCACCGUCUGCCGCCAGCUGGGCUGUGGGCAGCGGGGCUGGCUCACAGCUGUCACCGCCCAGGAGCCGACCGAGGCCUGGCUGGCCUGGGUGGGCUGUGAGGACGGGGCCCGCUCGCUCUGGCAGUGCCCCUCGGCAGCCUGGCACCUGCAGAGCUGCAGGCCAGGCGGGGAUGCCUAUGUGGAGUGUGAGGAGGACAGUGAUGGCACCACUGAGGGACACACAACCCCAUAUCCGGAGGGUGUCCCCAGAAGAAGGCCCCCGGCAGUGGCCAGGGGGUCUGUGCCUGUGCCCACUGUGCUGUGUGUGGUGCUGGGGACGCUGCUGUGCCUGUCCCUGGGUGCCCUGGCCCUGCUGCUGUGCCGUGCCCGUGCCCGGCGCCGAGGCCCUGGCAGAGCUGUAGAUGCCAUCUCCAAUGCUGUCUACGAGGAGCUGGAUUACAAAGCCAUUCCCGAGUACCAGGAGGUGCCCACUCCGCCAGGUUCCCUGUUGGAGGGAUGGGUGAAGAAGCUGCCGUAUUACACAGGGGACAGCGUGGAGGGGAGUGACACCGAGGCAGCCCCAGAUCCCCCUGCCUGGCGCGAGCAAGGACCCCCGGAUGGCUACGACGAUGUCCUGGCUGUGCCCCAGGAGCCCCCGGCUGCCAGCACUGGGGACAUCUCUGAGGGAGUGGCAGGGCAGAGGUGGAGCUGUGUGCUCCCCACAGGUGGGAUCUACUCCCCUCCAGGUCCCCCAGGAGCCAGUAGGGAGCCCUCGGAACAGCCCCCUGGACACAUGGACUAUGAUGAUGUCGGCAGCAGUGCCCUGGGGAUAUUGCCAUGA